AUGAGCUUUAAACAUUAGCUAACCUCUUACCUUCUAAAUAUUAUUAAAGAGAUUAUUCGAUCAUUUUUCUCGUUAAUUAAUCUCCUUUCUUAUGUGUAUUGUAAAAGCUCAAACUUAGUUACUCAUAGUAGUUAUUUGGAUCUUUAAGCUCAUCUGGAUCAACGUCUCUUUCUAAAGUAAAAGAAUGGAACUCUUCUUCAGGUCCUUCCUCUUCUUCUUCCUCUUCAUAUUCCUCCUCUUAUUGUUUGUUUAAUUACGCUAUAUUACCAUUUAACCCAUUAAUACUUUGAUUUUAUUCUUCUAAGGCAUUUAUAUUUGCUUCUUCAUUUUCUUCAUCAUCAUCAUCGACAUUAUUUUCAUUGUCAUAAUCUAAACUGUUAUCCAAAAAAUUUUCUAUGGACCCACCUUCAGCAGCAGCAACUUGUCCUUAUUAAUUUUAAAUAUUUUCAGCGCUGUUGCUAUUUUAAGAGUUUUAUUCAAAUUCUUAAUCUUUUUAAUGGAUAUCAUUUGAGUCCUAAUGACGAAUGUUUGGAUGCGCGUUUGACAUUUAUGUAUGUAUGCUAUUAGUUUGAUUAUUGA